AUGGAUAGUAAUAAUACAUUACCUAGUUUUGAUCAAUAUCAUGCUGAUAUUCUAUCAAUGAUUGAUUCUUAUGCUACGUCUGCUGAUAAUAUUUCCGCAAGUAUUUCAACAUCUCCAGAACAUCGAAAGUAUCCACGUUGUUUAUUAUCAAAUUCAUCAUCAUCAUUAAUUACAUUUGAUCGUGAUCCAGCAGUAUCAGAACAUUUAACGGAUGAAAUUCGUUGGUUAUUAAUACAAUAUGGACCAUAUCAACCACGUAAUGAUAAAGAUCUUUUUUUAGCAAGUGCAAAAUCAACAAAUAAUGGAAAAGGAAUAAUAUGUUUUCGCGAAAAAUGGUUUGAUGAUGUACGAUUUUCAGAUUGGCUUGAAUAUUCAUUAUCAAAUUGUCGAGCAUAUUGCUUUUAUUGUCGUUUAUUUGCUUAUUCAAAUCGAAAUCGAGCUUUUUCACGUGAUGGUAUUAAAAAUUGGCGUAAAUGCUUGGGUUCACGUGGUCAAAAAAAACGACGUUCAAUAGGAACAUCAUUGAAAUCUAAUGACGAUACUAUCGUAUGUCAACGACGUGGUCUUUUCGAAUCACAUGCUAUGUCAGAAUCUCAUAAACAAGCUUAUAAAAAAUAUCUUGAAUUUAUUGAUGAAAUGCAUCUUGAAAGAGAAAUGAAUGACGAUAGAAAAGAAGAUGGUAAGAUAUUAGAUUCAAGUAAUUGUUUAUUAAAGUAG